GUCAAAAAUCACAAAGUAGACUACUUAGCCACAUUGACGAGGUAAAAUGAUAAGGAUAACCUAGAACAAAAACAAAAAGUAAUCUACAAAGGCGUAAACGAACCUAAAGUAAACAAGGAUGAUUAGCUUCAAGCAGGAAGAUGAUUAGGUAUCAACGACGAGAGGGAUUCUAAGGAUAAGAUUGGAGACGGGUUCAUCUUAAGAGUACAAGAACAAGGGAAAAAUACCAAGAUGCGUAGUUUCAUUUCUCCUUUACCUUUCCUACCGAUGCUGCUCGCUCCUGUGGCAAUUCUUCUCGGCAUUUUCCUCUCUCCCUAUCCAGAAACUUUUGUUGGUUUCUUUCUUGGAAGCUAUGUUCGAAAUGCCAGAAGUUUGCUUAAAAUCCUGUUUUCGACGUCGGAGUAUUUCGACGUUUCGAACGUGCAUCCACAGUUACACGUUCUGGACUAUGUGUUGGGGCCGGACCGUUUAGGACAAGGUGGAGGUAAAGGUGAUGAAGCUGACGAGGACAAGAGGAAGAGCCGUCGCUAUGGAGGUGGUUUUGGUAUCUUCACGGAUAAUGAAGGACGACAAAUGUUAGGGCAACGCCAAGGCCAACGUCAAGGAGAUGAUAACUCGGCCAAUAAAACCAGAACUGGUGGUCCUCGUCGUCCUGUCCCACAAGGCGAUCUACAGGGUGUCAUAGACGCAAUCGAUGAAUUUGCUUGGAGCGGCAACAUGCUGAUUAGCGUGGGGAAUACGAAGGGACGUGUAUUGCGGAAUGCGGUCAGGGAGAAAGUACGGGAGAAAAUUAUGCAAGACUUCGCAAUGUCCAAAUCCAAAGAGGAAAAGGCCGCUUCAUCUAUUUCUACAGAAGAUGAAGCACACCAGGAGACUAGCACGACUAGUGGAACAAAAGAGGUCGUGAAGAUCAGAAUCAUGGAGUUUGGUACCUUUUUGGGCUACGGAACGAUGCAGAUGAUUUCUGGGGUCAGGGAAGCAUUACUAGCGCUGCUGGACGAGGACAAGAUGAGGAGCGACAAGAACCUGAACGUCUCGAUUCUUCUUGAAAGCGUGGAUCCUUCACCACUGAGCCACGCUGCUAGUACUGCAUUGCUUCACCGUGCUGGUGUUCUAGGAGAUAAUCUUCCGUGUUUACCAGCAGAUGAAGAAGGACCAGAUUCUUAUCAUGUGUCAGUGUCUGGACGUGGUGCCUCUGCGGCCUCAAUAAAUGCAAAAAUAUCAUCAUGCACUUUAACCGUUCGACUUCGAAAAGAGUUUUCGACAGAUAUUCUGUUGCAGGAAGGACGCACCAGGCGCGAAACGAUGAAAAGGAAGAAUUAUAUCGUUCACGGUGUAGGAUCUAUAGAUAUCUUGUUCUUGGAUCAUGUGAAAGAGCUCUACCUUUCGGAUCUACGGGAUGCAGCUUUGUUUUAAGGGAGACGUCGAGUAGAAGUUGUUGUUCAAGUUCUUGGCAAGAAGAGCUGGCAUACUUAUAAUAUCUUUUGAUGCGUACUAGUUCCUACUGCUAGCCGCUCCAUUUCACUUGGUAAUUGAAGUAGAAGAGGUGGAAAAAGGAAAUGCACUACAGCGGAUAGAAGUAGAUAUGCCGCAACAUAAGUACAUAAGGCAUUAAUAUCAAGAACUUCUACAUCUACAACCGAAAGCACCCCUCUAACUCUACUCCGGCGCCGGACUUCUAGCCCCCGGUGCUGUGGUUAUAGCGGACAACAUCCUCAAGCCAGGAGCUCCCGACUACAAAAAAUGGGUUUUGGAGUACACCAUGAACAAUGUCGAAGUUGCGUACGAUCCAGAUACAAGACAUCAAGAAGUUCUGUCAAGGACUCCCAUCGAGAAUGAUGUGCUCAAUAUUAAGGCUACCGCUGAAGCAUCCUCAGCGCCAUCGAUCCUUGGCUUCUUUUUCAAGAGGAAAACGGGACCAAGGAUUCACUCUGGGAUGCGAAUGCGGUAGCUCUAACAAUAGCAAGAUCAUGAACCAAACAAAAAGUAGUGCACCUACUUCGUUAGCAAGAAAGAUAGAAGAAAUCAGACAUAGAGAAUCUUUCUGCUUUGCUUUUGAAUCAACCGAAGUUCAUCGGUUGCACGUUGAGUACUGGCCAAACUUUGCUGAUGAGAUAAUGGUGAGCAAACUCCAGAAAAAUUUCCAUUUGGAUAUGUGGAUAUACCCUUACGAUGACCGAUGUAAGGAUUAUCAUCCAGAUUUUAAUCCAGCAUAUUAGGAGAAAGUUUGUAGGAUCCUUUGGAAGUAGUUUCGACUCGCAUUAUGCCUACAAU